ACUCCAAUUCGUUUUUUCAUUCAAUUUUCUAUUCAGUUCUUUCGUAAAAUUCGUUCGGUACACAUUAGUUAAAGAAAUCGCGGUGUGUGUCGUCUUUAUUAUCUUUAGGGAGUUUAUUAUCCAAGUUCAUCUAAAUAAUGGUGUAGAGUUAUGCAGUGUUCCAACGAAUAAAAAAAUGCGUCAAGUAUGUGAAUGUGGUUUCUAAAAGCGAAACUCAACAUAAAUUAGUGUUUUAUCGGCGACAAGUCGUAAGACAUCACAAUACUACAAUGGCACACCUAAGUUGUACGAAUCGGCUGCCAUCAUGGAAUUUGUUACAAAUAUUUUUAUUAAUUAUGUGUUGUCAGUCGAGUUUUACCCAGCAAACAUUAAACCAAGCUGAGAGUCAACCGUCCAAUGGGAAUUGUGUUUGGUACGGUGUGUGUAAAGUAACAGAUCUUAACCAUAAAUUGUACUGUACGUACAAUGGAACAGCGAAACCAGUAAAUGAUGAAGGAAAGAAGUUAUUAUCAACAUGGUGUCCACAUCUGUUGGACGAACAUAAUAACAAUUUGUGUUGUGAUAAUGAACAGAUUGAGGUUUUAAAUUCGAAUGUUAAAUUGGCGGCCAAUUUUCUGAAACGCUGUCCGUCAUGUUUAUCGAAUUUAGUGAAGCAUUUAUGUGAAUUUACUUGUGCAUCAAAUCAAUCGAAUUUCUUAAGCGUUACGCAGACGGAGGCAACUCCAGAUAAAAAGGAGUAUGUAACGGCCGUUGAUUUCCACGUAACCGAGAAAUAUCUUGAUGGAACAUUUUCAUCCUGCAGUCAGGUAUCGGUUCCAUCUACAGGUCAAUUAGCGUUAGACUUGAUGUGUGGCGAAUGGGGUGCAUCGCGUUGCAGUCCCGCAAAAUGGUUUAAAUAUAUGGGUGAUGCUGAAAACAACCCGUACGUCCCGUUCCAAAUUACCUAUGUGACACAAAAUGACAGUCAACCGGUGAAUGGAUUCAUUCCGCUUGAUCCGAAGGUGACUCCUUGCAGUGAAGCCUUGGAUGCAAAAACUCCAGCCUGCUCUUGCGUGGAUUGUGAAGCAUCGUGUCCGAAACCACCACCAGCGCCACCAGCUCCAAAACCAUUUUCCAUUGGCGGACUGGAUGGUUAUGCGAUUAUUAUGUUAAUUGUGUUCUUGGUCGGCUCGGCACUAUUUUUGCUUGGAGUAUGUGUAUUUCCGUCGAAGAGAUCGAUAGAAGAAGAAUUGGUGCAAGGCGACGCAGCUAGAGUACGAAGUGCAAAUGUAGGAAGGCGAUUAGCAUCUAGACGAUCAAGUGGUACUUCUUCGAAUGCCGAUCGUGAAGAUUCCCCGUUACAAUCAAACAGAUCGAGCGCUACAUGGGAAGGCGAUCAAGAGCUCAAUGCACAUCCGACUGCCAUAAUAUCAUUAUCCGAUGACGAGUCUGGCUACUUCGAAAAAUUGGGUGCAAAGACUGAAUCAGUGCUCGAGAAUUUCUUCACCAAAUGGGGAACGUAUUGCGCCAGCAAGCCUUGGCUGAUACUGUUUUUGGGUUUCUGUUUCUUUGUGUCAAUGGGCCAUGGUAUCAAGUACUUGAAUAUCACCACCAAUCCGGUGGAAUUAUGGGCAUCGCCAAAUUCAAGAGCAAGAUUGGAGCGUGAAUUUUUCGACUCGAAUUUCGAUCCUUUCUAUCGAAUCGAACAGAUUAUCAUAAAAGCUGUCAAUUUGCCCAGUUUCGUCCACAAUACAACAAAUGGACCCAUCGAAUUUGGCCCGGUGUUCAAUAAGGAAUUUAUGCUGAAACUCUUCGAAUUGCAAGAAAGCAUCAAGGCCAUCGACGACAGUAGCCUGGCGAAAAUAUGCUUUGCCCCGUUGAAUUCACCAUUCCGGGAUCCAGUUACAACGAGCGACUGUGUCGUCCAAUCGUUGUGGGGCUAUUUCCAAGACGAUAUGGAAAAAUUUGAAGACAUCAAUGACGACGGACAAUUUAAUGUGACCUAUUUGGACCAUCUCGUGCAGUGUUUCGGCAAUCCAUACAAUCCGGAAUGUUUGGCUACAUACGGCGGACCGAUUGAUCCUGCUAUUGCACUUGGAGGUUUCAUUGAAGCGGGAAGCAAAGCAUACGAAAAAGCAAGUGCCGUUAUUAUCACGCUGCUGGUGAACAAUCACCACAACAAAACGAAACUGGAUGGUGCCUUAACGUGGGAAAGUAAUUACGUGAAAUUCAUGCAAAACUGGACGGCGAACAAUAAAUCGGAUUUCAUGAACGUUGCGUUUACAUCAGAACGUUCCAUUGAAGAUGAAUUGCUGCGGGAAUCCCAGUCGGAUAUUUCGACCAUUUUGGUGUCGUAUUUGAUUAUGUUUGCGUACAUCGCGAUUUCUCUGGGACAUGUCGAACACUUCUCGCGCAUUUUGAUUGACAGCAAAAUUACUCUCGGUAUUGGUGGCGUUGUAAUCGUUCUAGCAUCGGUAAUAUCGUCAGUCGGUCUGUUCGGCUUCAUUGGAGUGCCGGCAACGCUGAUCAUCGUUGAAGUAAUACCCUUCUUGGUACUAGCUGUAGGAGUCGACAACAUUUUCAUUCUUGUCCAGACACAUCAACGAGAUCCGAAGAAACCGAAUGAAACUCAUGCUGAGCAUGUGGGACGAAUUCUAGGAGUGGUCGGACCGUCAAUGUUGUUAACAUCGGUCAGCGAAAGUUGUUGCUUCUUCUUGGGAGGAUUGUCGGAUAUGCCGGCAGUGAGAGCAUUCGCUCUGUAUGCUGGCAUGGCUCUGCUGAUCGAUUUCCUGUUGCAAAUCACCUGUUUCGUAAGCUUAUUGACUCUUGAUGCAAUUCGUCAAGCCGAAAACCGUUUUGACGUGUUCUGCUGCAUACGCGGCAAGAAAACCGAUGGUCUGCAGAAUACGGAAGGUGUUUUGUACAAAUUCUUCAAAGUGAUGUACGUGCCAUUUUUAAUGAAGAAAACCGUUCGCGUCAUCGUCAUGGUCGUCUUCUUCGGCUGGCUGUGUUCGAGCAUAGCCGUGUCGCCGCACAUCGACAUCGGUUUGGACCAAGAAUUGUCGAUGCCCGAGGACAGUUUCGUGCUGAAAUACUUCCAAUUUCUGCAAAACUAUUUGAGCAUCGGACCGCCGAUGUACUUUGUGAUGAAAGGUGGAUUGAACUUCUCGAAAACUGACCAUCAGAAUCUGAUUUGUGGCGGACAAUUUUGCAACAAAGACAGUCUGUCGACUCAAGUGUACAUUGCCAGUAAAUCGCCAAACACUUCGUACAUCGCGAGACCAGCAUCAAGUUGGAUUGAUGACUACUUCGAUUGGUCGUCGUUGUCACCGUGCUGUAAAUAUUUCCCGGGCAAUGACAGCUUCUGUCCACAUAACAACAUGGACUGCGAAUCAUGCGACAUACAAAUGUCCCCGAUUAUGCGACCGAACACCUCCAGCUUCGAACAUUAUUUGCCGUUCUUUUUGCAAGAUAAUCCGGAUGAAGAAUGUGCUAAGGGAGGCCAUGCAGCCUACGGAAAUGCGAUGAACAUUCAAACGAAAGACGGAUCGGUCGAUUCGUCAUAUUUUAUGGCAUAUCACACCAUACUGAAAUCAUCGGCUGAUUAUUACGAAGCAUUGCGUUCCGCUCGCAAAAUCUCGCAUAACAUCACCCAAAUGGUUCAAGCGAAUCUGCGACUGGAAGGAGUCAGUGAAGAGAUUAUCACGAACGUGCAAGUGUUUCCGUACUCCGUGUUCUAUGUAUUCUACGAACAAUAUUUAACAAUGUGGCCGGACACAUUACAGAGCAUGGGCAUCUCAAUAUUGGCCAUAUUUGUGGUGACAUUUUUGCUGAUGGGUUUCGACAUCCACUCAUCCAUUGUGGUCGUCAUCACAAUAACAAUGAUUGUGAUAAAUAUCGGAGGACUGAUGUACCUCUGGUCGAUAUCCCUGAAUGCCGUCUCGCUGGUGAACUUAGUGAUGGCCGUUGGAAUAUCGGUGGAAUUCUGUUCACAUUUGGUGCACAGUUUUUCGGUGUCUGUGCAGGAUACGCGAGAGAAGCGGGCUGCCGAUGCCUUAACGAAAAUGGGCAGUUCCGUAUUUUCUGGCAUUACACUCACCAAAUUCGGUGGCAUCUUAGUGUUGGGCUUUGCUCAGAGUCAAAUAUUUAAAGUGUUCUACUAUCGUAUGUACCUUGGAAUUGUGGUGUUUGGCGCCGCACAUGGUUUAAUAUUCCUUCCAGUUCUACUUAGUUAUAUCGGUGCUCCUAUAAAUAAAGCGAAAUUGGCAAACUUUCGACGACAGGCAAAGCAUAUCCAAGAAACAUCAUUGUCAACAGCGUGAUGCAACGCAAACGACGACCAACUAAUGUCGUCGCCAGCGAAGAUACAACCACCAACUCUACAACAACACCUGUCCAACCGUCUACGCCGAAUUUUUCAACGAUCCCCACUUACGGAUCUCUAGACACCAUAACUCCAUAUACAAAUGACUAAAGCAAACCAAAAGUAUGAAAACAAGAAACAAAAAUGAAUUAAACUCUCACCUGUGCAUCGUAAUAAUUUUUAAAACCCAAAAAAAUGUAAAUAAAUGAACAAACAGAAAAACGUUAAAAUUUGUGGUCAGAGAAAAAAGGUGUUGUGUAACAACACGACGAAAAAAAAACCAACCAAACAAAAGAUUUGCUUCUAAACAAAAGUGUGUAACAGAUCUAAGAUGCAAAAAAACAAACAAAAUACUAAAUAAGAGUAAGUAAAAAGUAUCCUAAGCCUUAUAAGAUAUAAAUUUAUGAAAAUGGGACACUAUAUGGAAUAAACCAAAAUUUGGAUUGAUUUUUUUAGACAAAAGAAAUGAUUCAUUAUGGAGAUGGCUUUGUUACGUUUCUAGGAAAUUAAUAGGAAAACAAAAGUGAAAAAAUCAUUUCGCAACUUUUUUGUACCAUUGAAUAUAAUUUAUGAAUCGAAAUGAAUGUUAGUUGAUCUUUUUAUAGUAUUUAAAUAAGCGAAUUCAUUGACGAAGUGACUUUUUUAAAAUCGUAGACAAUUUUUGUUCAAUACGCGUUUAUUCCUUGAUUGAACAGGGUACAAAAUUUAAAAUAGAAGAAAGUUACUUCCGUU